AUGAUCUCGAAAUACCACAGACUGUUUACAUGCGAGUAUACAAAAGGGCCCAUAAAGCUCACAGCAAGUGAAACAUUGGACAUUGCACUUUUGCCAGACAUACAAGGCAGUAGCAAACCCCAAUUUCCUGAUUGUACAGAUCCAAACAAAAAUGUGCAGGUUGAAAUUCAAUGUGCCAUUUCAAAAAACUCAGAAAAUUACACUAUUUCAUGGGACAGAACUCAGCUCAAAGAUCUCACAAUUUCAUCAUUAGAGUACAAAGGAAACAAGAUCUAUCACAAAGCAGGAGCAACGAUUAAAUGUGCAGACAAUAAUGCAUCUCUAAGCACCACGUGUACCUUCACAAACAUCAGAUCCCAGACAAAGAAGAACAGCUCAAUGACUGUGGACAUCCCUAUCAUUCAAAAUGGCUCAUCAUUCUGUGACAAUAAUGGUGACUGGCCUAAGACUAAAUGUAACUACAUGGCUGUUUUAGAUUGUGUUAACUCUGCUGUUGGCAGUAUGACCAGAGAAUGCCACAGUGACUGUAAGUGGCAAGAGCCAAUCUCUUAUUGUGUGGAUACGGGUCUACACCUAAUUCAAGAUCAAAUAGGGGAAAUAAGAAAGGGACUAGGAUUUAUUAAGGAAAAUGCAAAUAUUUUCAUCCAGUUACAAAUAUCAACAACUUCUAAUACUAUUAAGGCCUUUGCUAAUAUUAAUGCAACUGUAGAAAUUCUGGAUUCAAUCAAUAUCGUGUCUGAAAAACAGUCACAUCAAUGGAACGACACCAUCAUGCCUAAUUUUGUAAGUGCUAUAAGCAAUAUUUUGAACGACACUAAUUCCUGGAAACAAACAUCAAAUGAUAAUGCAACCAAUUUAUCUAUAAAAUAUCUGCUGAGUGUCGAGAAAAUGAUGAAGAACUCAAAUCUUUCUUCUUCCGUCAACCGUUCAAACGUUGCGCUGAAGGUCUGUAACUCCAGUGAUUGCAACUAUUUCAAUGUCAGCGUCAAAACAGAGCAAAACGUUACAGUUGUUGUAGUUGGAUUUAGGAAUCUUGCUACCAAUUUACCAAAAACCCUGAACAAUAAGAGUGUUGAAUCAGAAGGCAUAAUCUUGUCAGUUACAGAGGUAAAUGGCCCUAAUCACACUAAUCUGAAGAUGAACUUCAGUGAUGGCCAAAUAAGAAAACACAACCACGAAAUGUUUUGCGUUUUCUGGGAUGAAAAUCAAACCGAGUGGUCAAGUGAUGGCUGCACGUGGGGUGGUGUAAACAACCCAACACUCUGUACCUGUACGCACAACUCUGCUUUCACCAUCAUGAUGUCCAAAACAGCAGAAAUUCUUCCGUAUAUGGAGGAACUGACCUACGUUGGCUUGGGAAUUUCAGUGGUUUCACUCGUGCUCUGUAUACUGAUUGAGAUUAUGGUGUGGGAUACGGUCGUAAAAUCAAACAUCGCCAAUUUUCGCCAUAUAGCCUUGGUCAACAUCUCAGUUUGCCUGCUUUUUGCAUAUGGUGCUCUUUUAGCAUCGGCAAAACCAGAGCAAAUCCCCUCAAACUGGUGCAUGAUACUUACAGUGGUGAAGCAGUUUUGUUUCUUGGCUGCCUUUUUCUGGAUGUUGUGCUUGAGUUUUGUGCUCCUUCACCAGCUAAUAUUUGUUUUUGAGAAGCUACGGAAAAGGGUCUAUUUGGCGUUAUCGAUCACCGUUGGUUACGCGUGCCCAUUAUUGUGUGUGGCAGUGACCGUCAUUCAGUAUGGCAAUGGUAAGGAGGGGGAAUACUAUACAACAGAGACUUGCUGGCUAGUAUAUCAAUCAACAUUGAAAGGUUCACUCUUUGCCUUUAUUUUGCCGGUUGGUACCAUUGUGGUUAUAAAUAUGUUUGCGUUGCUUGUGGUCAUCACAAAAAUUGUACAGCCUACUGUGUCCGAGGCAAAAGCUCGGGACGAAAAGGAUGUCGCCAAAAGCAUCAUUAAGACGAUCGUUUUGCUGAGCCCUAUCCUUGGAAUAACAUGGAUCUUAGGAUUUUUCGUGUUCUCACUUGACCUUACACAGAAGCCAUAUGCCCAGAUUGUGAAUUACGCAUUUACAAUACUGAAUUCCCUACAGGGAUUUUUCAUACUGCUUUCAAACUGCUUUGGAGAGAGAAAGGUUCGUGAAGCACUUUUUAAGCGUUUCAGGGCCAAGAAAUCAGUGAAUUCUGAAAGGGAACACUCAACUAAACCGACAUCGCUAGUAAAGAAAUGAUCAUCUGGACAGAUGUUUCAGGUUUUAAACGGACGCAGAUGACAACGCAUGAGGAAAACAUUUAUGGAUGCAAUUCUGUCAGAUCUCCCAUUCAUUUAUUCAUUAAAUAACUGAUUUCUAGUGUAAAACUGCUAUAAAACAGGAUUGGUGUGUGUAUA